AAAUUAAAUUUCAAACAAUAUAACUUUACAUAAUAUUUUUAAAUUAAAAAGGUAACUUGACAGUAAACCUAAAAAUAAUACAUGGUUAUAUGUUUAUUUUUCUGCCCCCAUCCUAGAAUGACAUCAUUAUACCUGAAGAAAUUACUGGAUCUCGCUGGAAGGAAAGAAAUGAACUCCAUAAUUCGGUAUAUUACCAGCGUCAGGGUGCAGCCAGACAAAAACACAGCAAUAGCUCAGAUUUGGCUAAAAACAGUACAUGAUAAGAAAGGCUCUAGCAAUCGAGCAUUCUGCACAAACGUAAUUGAAGAGAAAAGAAAAAAGAAAAAUGCCAAAGAAACUUUCGAAAGUGUUGGGAGGAGAAUUCCAUACAACAGGAUACAACUAAUUGAUGAGAAUGGCGAAGACAUGGGAGAAAUGCACAGGGCAAAUGUACUUCGUAUCAUGGAUGAAAGAGGGAUGACUCUUGUCCUGCUGUCUGAAAAAACAGAUCCACCCAAGUAUGGACUAAUGACAGGAAAACAAAUUUAUGAAGAACGUCUCAAAAUUAGAGAUGAGAAAGCCAGCCCCAAAGAAGGGUCUGUUCAACAAAAGAUUAUUAAAAUGUCCACAGUUACAGAGCAACAUGAUUUCAGUACAAAAGUAAAACAAAUUCAGGAAUGGAUUGACAAGAAGUACCAUGUGAAAAUUAUGCUGCAUCAAAAAACUAUUUCAGAUGGACCAGAAAAGAUGUUAACAUUUUUUGAUAAGAUUUUGGAUACAAUGCGUGAGAAAGCCACGUAUCACUCCAAGCCGUCUAUUGGUGCAGAAGGAAGGAGUACCUGUAUAUUGAGACAUUUAUCAAAGAAAGAGAUCCAGAAAUUAAAUCUUGUGGAGAAAAAUAAAGAUAUUCAGAAGGAGAAUGGAAGCAAUGUUACGGACUCAGAUGUAACCAAGCAGUGAUUGUUU